AUGAGUUUUGUUAGAACUACAGUGGCCAGAGUCGGACGUGAAAAUCAACUUUACAAUUCUGAAACUGGUGCUCGAGUAGUUGCUGGAUGCGUCGUUUUAAACCAAGACAAAUCCAAAGUUUUACUCAUAAGCUCUACUGGACACAAGAAAAAAUGGGUUAUACCGAAAGGUGGUGUCGAGUUAGAUGAACCAGACUAUAAAGAUUCGGCUACAAGAGAGACGUGGGAAGAAGCCGGUGUUACUGGAAAGAUUGUGAAAUCACUAGGUGUUAUUGAUGACUUGCGCCCGCCAAAAGAAUGGAAUACCAAUAAAGAAGAGUUCAUGAACUCGGAAAUACUUAAACAUCCUCCACGUUCUGAAUUUCAUUUCUUCGAAAUGAUUGUGGAGAAGGAGUAUGAUACUUUCCCAGAGUCACAUAAAAGACAGCGAAGAUGGGUUACCUACCAAGAAGCUAUUGAUGAACUGAAAAGUAUCAAAAGAUUAGAGUUGGUUGAAGCUAUUGAACGUUCUAGUGUCGCAAGAAGUUAG